CCAGUAAAUGAUAGGAACCCAUUGAAAACUAAGAUUGACAAACAAUGGUGAGGUUCGAGGCAAACGAAUUGCUGUGUAAACGAGCGUGUCUGAACAUUAACAGGAUAAAACGCUAAGAACUGAAACAAUUAUUUAAAGGCAGUUGUGAUAUUAUCAUUUGGUUUGAUUUAUGUUCGUGACUGAUGAGGGAGGCUGAACGAAACGGAACAUAACAUGGCUUGACCUCAGUAUCAGCAAAAAUAGAACGUCUUCAAGUCACUCAAAGUGUUCGAAUUUUCAGAAUUUUUAAGCUCUCACGGGGAUAUUAAUAGAUAGUUUGGGAAAAGUUCUUAUUUUCUGAAAGAUUAAGUCUUUUUUUGACGGAUUGGUUUAAUCCGGCAUGUUUUUCCUCUGAAUUAGAAUAGGAUGUUUUAUAUUUUCAAGGAAGUUUUUAUGGCCGCCCAGAAAAUAAACUUAUAACGGUCUUUUUACACUUUGGAGAGGAAAUCGUUGCCUUUUCUGAUAUAUUUCGGGGUAAGCUUGUUUCUUUUGCCACUCCGUCGUGUUUUGCCAGUAAAUAGCAUUUAAAGUUUUCCUGAUCGGAUUUGGACCAAAUUAGCAGUGAUUUAAAAAUCUACUGCUAAUUCCUUGAAUUUCCGUGGUUUUUACCCUGCGGCUUAAAAUCCCAGGCGGGAAGUUCAUUGCAACCAGUAUUCCUGGGUUUCUCGCAAAAAGAAACAGAUGUUAGUAAACUCAGUAUGAAAAAUCCAAAACUUUUUGCACCGCAGCGAAACCCAACAGAAAAAUCGCCAUCGACGCAAAAUCCGGGGAAAUGACUGGAGGGGAAUCCUUUACACUCUGUGCCUAAAGCUAAACUUGCCACGAAAAGAUAACUUUUCAUCUCAAACGGUGAAUACCGCAAACGAUAAGUCAAAGUCGUGUUACAAUUGGAACAACCCUGAUGAGAGUGUUGACUGACGGAAGACCACAAGGAGAGAUUCCGGGAUUUUAUUGGUCCACAUCGACCGAGGGGCCACAUAAAGUCCAUCACGGUAAGGAGAUUUUGAGCUUGUUUCUGUUAAUCACGAAAAGGGAAACGUCCAUACGAGCUGUCAUUCAGCUCGAGUUGCCCAUUUAUUAACGAGUACUUCAUUCAACAUGGCACCCCGUGCAAAUCGCGAGUACUUCAGAGUGAGAUUACAUGGCUUCUCGGUGAUUAAUUUAAUUGCUUUAGCGAUUAUUGUGGUUUGUAUGGUGGCAGGAGCGGAAUCGGCCCGCGAGACGAAGGCAAUAAAGACAUCGAAAUCGAGUAAAGAAAAGGAGAAGUGCGUAGUCCGCCAAGAUGAAAAUCAUCGUUAUUUUGUGGAGUGUAGCGUCCCUGGAGAAAAAGGAAAAAAAAGGGGGAAAGGCCCGAACUCUCCCGGAGACAACAAAAAACGCCCAAAUAGCCAGCAGUGUUCUUCUGAAUGUCGCGGAAAGCGAGGCCAGAGAGGGCAGCGCGGGAGAGCUGGAUCGAAAGGACAACCGGGCUCAAAAGGACCGAGGGGACCCCCGGGAGACGACGGACGCGACGGUGUGAACGGAAUGCCGGGGCCCAAGGGAUCGAUUGGACCAAUCGGAAGGCCCGGAUUACAAGGUCCUCCUGGAAUACAGGGCGGCAAGGGAACAAAAGGAAACCAGGGACCUCGAGGGCCGUCCGGCUUACAAGGGCCCCCCGGAAUACCCGGAAACUGUGUGACGCCAUCUUCAUCGAACACCACUAUCCCCCCGGUAUUUUGUUUGCCUGGCAAACCGGGCCUCAAAGGAGCCAGGGGUGAAACCGGAAAGCGCGGUUCACAGGGCCCCCAGGGGCCCCGAGGGAAUAAAGGACCUAGAGGAAGCAAGGGCAGUGAAGGCUCUCACGGGAAAAAAGGCGACCCCGGUCCUCCGGGGGAUUUUGCGGGGUUGACUUGCCUGCCUCGGUACACAGGGUGGGUGGACAGAGGGGACUGGAUAAGUGAACAGCCGGAGGUUCAUUGCGAUAGAAGAGAAUUCUUACAAGGAUUUAGCCUGGAAGAAAACAAAGCUCGUGGUCAAAGAAGAUUCAAAUACACAUGUUGUGCGCUAAGAUUAACCAUCCCUGGACAAGGUUAAUUAACAGUUAAUGGCAAAAACAAGU